CUAUGAAGAAGUCGGGAGUGACAUGUGAGGGUGAUGCAGGGCAUGUAUGAUGGUGGUGAGACGUGCUGCUGAUGAACCACCAUAAACAGGUCCCGUGUAGUACUGCAGUAGAGGAAGGCUUCCAGCUUCAGCUUCUUUCUGAACCACGCCCGACAGGGUCUAAUAUCAUAUUUCGAUAAACACCCCCUGCGUGAACAAGCGACAACCGGCCCAUCCGGCUGUUUGAUAAAGCGCACCCACAAGCGAUUGGCUACGGGUUUUGUGACGUUACCGGAUGUGGAGAGAAUACAGUGGUCCACCCUAACGCGAGGAAAGAAAGCAAGCAUGAGGAUUUCCAACAGUCACCUGCAGCAGCUCACCAUCUUCACCACCGUGCUGACGGGUGCAGGGAUCGGCACAAUGUACUACCUGCUACAGAAGAACUUUGCUGCGUCAGACUACCACAGGCUGGCUUUGCAGGAGUUGGAGGCAUGUCCAGUUGCCAUGGAAAGCCUGGGGGCACCACCUUUAAAGGUCCACAACAUCCAUCUGACUGACAGAUACAACCGUGUAGAUAAGCACACUGCACAGAUAAAGAUUCCUGUGACAGGGAUUAAAACCGGAGGCUAUCUGUGUGCGUCUUCACUGAGGGAUCCCAACACAAACAGGUGGAAUCUGAAGCAAGCAGUUCUAAAGCUCAGGGAAGGAAAUGCCAUUGACCUGCUGAAUCCUCCAUCAACUACAGCACAAAGCCACGCAGCAGGACACGCAGACAGGGUAGACGUGGGCAGCUGGCACUGACCAGCUUUAUGAACAAACAACUAUGCCUGCUAGAAGAAGCAGGCGCUGAAGAUGUUUUGAGCUAUAUUUACUCCACAUUCAUUGUAUGCUCUUCUUUUAAGGGAACCAUCAAGAAGAAAAGCUCUGUCAGUGCUGCAGACUGUCAGAGCUGAGUGGACUUGUGCACUCACUGCUGCCUCUGUCACAAAUCAUGAGAAAUGUACAAAUAUGCACCAAUCAAUAAAUGUUACAAAUGUAUUCGUUUCUAACAUAAUUGACUUUCACACAGACUUGCAGAUGUGUGUGUCUGUAUGUGUUCAGGGGAAACGGUAUGAUAUUCAUAAAACAGGACGUAAAGCUGUGGUUUCACUUUUACCGUAACCUUCUGCUUCCUGUGCAGAUGUAGAGCGAACGCACAACCACCGAUAUAAAGAAGGCAUGUUUGCCAUGCUCGGCUUUCUGUGGUUUCUCUUCAGCUUUUUAUC